AUGCAAUAAUAAUCAUCAUAAUUGAACAAACCUAUAGAUAAUUAAAUACUUUAAUAAGAGAUUAGAAAUGGAUAUAAUGAAUAUGAUAUAAGAAAUGCAUGGCAGGCUACAAAUGGAAAUAUGGCUUAAUUUAAAUAGUUCUUAUAAGGAAUAAAAAAUCAAUCAUUUAUAAUAAAUCCAAUUAAUCAAUAAUUUAAUGAUGAUAUUUAAGUAGCUAUGGCAGCAUCAUUAACAUUACAUUAAUAAUAUAUUCCAUUUGGAAAAGUUAGAUAAAAUUAUAUUCCAUGUGGUUUGUUGAAUGUAGGAAAUACCUGUUAUUUUAAUUGUCUUUUAUAGACUUAUUAUUUUAUUUAUGAUUUUGUAUCUUCGAUAGUGAAAUGCAAAUUUGAUCAUAUUAAUCUAUAAAAUAUAGUUGAUAAAAGACUAAUUAAUUCUAUUGAAUUAGUUAAAAAUCUAUAAAAUCUUUUUGUUCUUAUGAUUGGAAGUGAUAGAUAAUUUGUUGAUCCAAAGAAAGUGAUUCUAUCAAUAUGUGAUGAUUUUGGUAAAGCAUUGCCUAUUGGAGAUUAAAAGGAUGUUAGUGAAUUUAAUAAUUAUUUUCUAUCAAGAAUUGAUGAAGGUAUAACAUAUUUAAGUUAAUCUUUAUAAAAGACAAACAAUUCAUAGAGUUAGUAAUAAAUAAAAUAAUAAUUACCAGGUUAAUCUCUAGUUUAAUUUCCAACAAUUAAUUUUAAUGAAUAGAAUUAAAAAAGUUUGAUUUCAUAAAAAUCAUUAUUAAUUAGAUAAUCAUCAGUUAUUGUAGAAAAUUCUAUUGUAUAUAAAUUAUUUUAUGGUAAAUUCGCUCCUUAAAUAUUAAUAAAAGGUUAAACAUUAAGUAAAGAUUGUUAAUAAGAAUUAUUCAAUAUAAUAUAAAUAGAUGUUAAUAGUAAAUCAUUAAUUGAAGGAUUUGAUAAAUAUAUGAAUUAAGCUGUAGAAUAUAAAAAUGAUAAAGAUGAAUAUCAAUAAGCAAUCAAAUAAUUUUGGAUAUAAUAGGCUCCAUAAGUCCUUACAUUUUAAAUAUAAAGAGUAGAAUAUAAUAAAGAAUUUGGUAAUUUAUUUAAUUAAUAAUUAGGUUCAUUUACUAAAAUUAAUUCAUUUUUUUAAUUUGAUAAAGAAAUAUAUUUAGAUCGUUAUCUUUUAUCAAAUUAGAAGAUGGCAAAAGAUAUAUAAAUAUAAAAUUAAUAAAUGAGAGAUAGAUUAAAGAAAAUUGAUUAAGAAUUAAGUAUGUUAACAUAAUUUAAUGGAAAUAUUGAUAUUAUUUAAAAUUUAGAAACAACCUUAUAAUUUUUGAGAUUAUAAAAUUAAAAUGAAAAAUAACAUCCAUUUUAUGUAGAUAGUAAUGAUAAUAAAACAACAAUUAAAUCAAUUUCUGAAUAUUAUUAACAUUAUAUUAAAAAAAGAGAUUGUUUAUAAAAAGAAAGAAAAGAAAUAGAAUUAAAAAUUUCUGAAAGUUAUAAUUCAUUAAAAAAAUAGAAAUAUAUCUUAUAAUCAAUUUUGAUGCAUGAAGGUAAUCCUGAUGCUGGUCAUUAUUUUGCAUAUAUUUAUAAUCUUGAUGAUUAAAAAUGGUAUUAUUUUAAUGAUAUUCAUGUUCAUGAAGAAAUAGAAUAAAAUGUAUUAAAAAAUGCUUAUGGAGAUUAAUCAAAUUCUAAAAGUGCUUAUUUAUUAUAAUAUGUAAAAGAAGAUAAUGCGAAAUUUGCAUAAAAUUCAAUGGUAAAAUUAAAAGUAUUUAGUACAAGUGAAGAUCAAAAAAGAUAUUUAACAGAUGGAUAUGGAUUAUUAUUAUCUUAAUAAUAGAGAGAAUUUCUAAAUUAAAAUAAUGAAAAAUUAAAAUAAGAAGUUGAAUAAUAAAAAUUAUUUAGCUAAAUAGAAAUGAUUAUUACUAAAUAUAAUUAAUAUUUAGAAAUUGCAAAUGAAAAAUAAAGAAAAUAUUAAUAAAAAUAAUAUCCACCUUUUCCAGUCAAACCACCUUAUUUAGAAAAUUAUGCUAUGUAUUUGAAAUUGAAACCUGAUGAAAGAUUAUUCAAAUGGACAAUAUUAGAUAAUGCAAUAAUUAAAAUUAUGCCAUAAUCUAAUGGAUUAUUUGGUCAACCAGGAAUUAACGAAAUAGUUAAAACUUAAAUCUUAGAAGAAAUGAAUAAAUUAGGAAACAAUAAACCAUAACAUUUCCCUUCAAAUUAAGAGCACUCAAAUUCAAUAGAAGAAUAUAAACAAGCAUUAAAAUUAUAAUGUAUUAUAGCCUACCUGUUUGAAUAAUACAAUAAUAAUAAUUUUAUAGAAGCAUUAUAAGCAUUACAUAAAUAUAUGAAAUUAGCUAAGCUAACUAAUUAAUAAUCCUUUUUUUAUACUCUAGCCAUAAACUUAAAACAUUUAAUUUUAUUAGGUAUUAUAUGUAAAAUAAUGUAAAAUAAAAAUAUUGGUGAGUCAGAAUUAAAAAUCUUAAAAUUAAUAAUAGCAUUUUAGAUGUAGGAACAUUUUCUAUAUACAGAACCAAAAUUUUGGAAUGAUUAAUUGAAGAAUUUAAUUGAUACUGCAAUUAAUACUUAUGGUGUAAAUGAAAAGUAAAAAUAGAUAUAGGAAGUACUUAAACCUAUGAUUUAAAAUAAGAAAGAUGUUGAGAUAUGCUCUCUAUUGGAUGCAUCUUCUUAAGUAACAAGAUAUAUUAUUCUAGAGCAUUGAAGAAUAUAUUUAGAAUCUUUAAUCGAUAUAUUUAGAGUAAUAAUUUGAAAAUAAUCUUGAAGAUUUCCUCCUCGAUAAUUUAAUGACUACAUUAUAAAGAUUCUUUUUAAUAAAAGUAUUUUAUUUAAUUAAUCUAUUAGACUAUUUAAUUACUAUUUGAAAAUAUAUAAAAAUCAUCCACAAUUUUGGAUAAAAAAGUAAUUUUAGAUAUAGUUGGAGGAAUACCUCAAAAUAAAUGA